AUGCAGAACUGCAUCGAUGAUUUCCAGAAGAUGGGCCGGUACACCGUGCUCAUCUGCGUACUCUGCGAGGUAAAUUUUGAGAUGCGACGGAGCUUUCUGGAUAGUAACAUCUGUGCCCCGCCCACCCUAAUUGGAUGUCGUAAUCGAAACGACACCGGCUGGCUCCAUCCCCAUCAUUUGUGCGAUCUAUAUCAUCAGGGAACCUGCGACCCGAUCGUCGAGUAUCAAUUCCUGUCGGUGAAUGUUGAGUUCGCCCAGCUGUGCGGAGAGGGGAAGCGGAUCAAGGACAGCACAUCUUACCAAAUGAUUGGAUACAUGGUCGGCGCGCUGGUGUUCGGCCAGGUGUCCGACACGUUCGGCCGAAAAUGGCCGAUGCUUGUCUGCGUGGCUAUGACGGGAGUGCUUGGCUGGGUGUCGAGCUUCGCCGGCUCGCUGCACAUGUUCACGCUGUGGCGCACGCUGCUCUCCUUCUUCAACACCGGCCAUAUUGUAAUCGUAAUGGUGUACAUGUGCGAAAAGUUCCCGCGGCACCACCGUAUGUGGCUGAACUUUGUCUUCUCGUGGUCGCCGAACCUCAUGUUCGCCUCGAUUAUCGCCUAUUAUUCACAGGAUUGGCGCACCUUCUCGCGAGCACUCAACACAUUGGCCUUUGUCGCUACUGUACUUUUAUGGUUCUGCGAGGAGUCAAUCUACUGGCUGGUGCGAAAGGGGCGUGUCGAAGAAGCGGAAAAGGCCAUGAAACGCAUCCACCGCAUUAAUGGCGACGAGCUGGACGAUAAGGCGCUGCAGUUGGUGUUGCAGCAUGAAAAGAGGAAUUAUGAGGAGACCAAAUCGACGGGCCACUACUUCUUCCACCACCUCUUCUGCACGUGGCGCCUACUCGGCUAUUCGCUGACGAUGAUUUUGUCGUAUUUCGCCGUCUCGAUCAUCAACUACGGUAUCAUGUUCAACAUGGAGCAUCUCGAAGGCUCCAUCUUUUUCAACACAAUCUUCAUCGGAGCCUUCCGAUAUUUGCUGAACGUCAUCUCAGCCGCCGCCGACUACAAUUUCCCGGCCGUCGGCAGAAAGGUUGAAUUAACCCUACCGAUGACGCAGGCUGAU